AUGACCCGGCGGGCUGGGGGCGCUCAGCUGCUCGGCGCGCUCCUGCUCGUCGCCCUGCUCGCUGCCGGCGUCGCCCCGCUCAGCUGGGAUCCCCCGGAGCCCCGGAGCCGAGCCAGCAAGAUCCGAGUGCACCCGCGGGGCAACCUCUGGGCCACCGGUCACUUCAUGGGCAAGAAAAGUCUGGAACUCUCCGGCCCAUUCCCACUGGGGACAGCUCCCUACACUUCCCUGAGGGACCAGAGACUGCAGCUGAGUCAUGAUCUGCUCAGGAUCCUCCUGCUAAAGAAAGCUCUGCGCAUGAGUCUCAGUGGCCUGGCACCCCACACCCAGUACAGGAGGCUGCUGAUGCAAAUACUGCAGGAGUGAUGCCAAUACUGGGGCAGACAUGACGACAUUGGAAGGUGCUGAAUGGGACCCCAGU